AUGUCGGAUCAGAAGCGAAAGAAAAACGAGCUGCUACUUGCUACUUUGGUCUUUUUGGUGACCGGCCUUGCCCUAGGAGAAACAACCUCGCCGAAUAAACUUACAGCCGCUUUCACAGAUUCGAACGGUGCUCGGGUAUCGAUUUCUCCCACAUCGACUUUUGGAGAGUUCGUGUCGCCGGGCGACACGGGUCGGGCAGGGGAGCUGACCGAGACUGGGGACCCGACGGAUUUAGGUGAUCCGAAUCCGUUUUGCCAUGUCCUAACGCUAAAACCGAACAUCGUCUUGUUUGGCUCGGAAAACUGCACACCUAUGCUCCCUUCAGUAGCCCUCUCCAAUGAGUAUAAGAUUCCACACAUGAAUAAGACCGGAUUAGAAAAGGAAGCUCGUCUUCCUAAAUAA